AGCCUUGGACAAACCGGAUUGAUUGAUUUGCACGCUGACGGGGAGAUCAUCUUUCGGCCCCCUUUUCCUCAAAUGCUUCCCGUUCACGCCGCGUAAAAGCAUAUGCGUUCGCUCCCUGAUCCCGCCUUCGCGUGCUCUUGUCAAGUGCUUUAUUGUGAUAGUCUUUCGCGUCCAUUCGACUGCACAAGUGCGCUCCGAUCGCUUCCUUCAACGCCGCGGCAUGCGUCACUGCUGAAACAGCGGGCCUAUUGUGAAGCAGACACGGUAAUGUGGAGAGCGCACGCUGGAUCCCUGUAACCACCAAGUGAUGGCGAAGAAAAGUUUCGGCGGAAUCAUGGGGCUGCUGAAGCACUUCAAGUCGCGCAGCAAGCUGAAGGAGAACGGAGGGGAGGCGCACUUCAACCUGGCCAACAGCGAGAAGACCAAGGUCUACUAUCCAGGCAGCUUUUCCCCCACCGGUCGCGAUCACACUGCCGCACUACCCCCCAAGGUCGUGUCCAAGAUACUGCAGUUCGUCUGCCCACACGUCAUCGACAAGAGCUACGAACCCUGCGAAGAUGCGGACAUUGCGGACGACAGCUGUCCGCUGUGUGACCUACGCGACCUGGCUCACUGCGCCCAGACCCGCAGAGGGUGGUACAGGCCAGCGGUAGAAUUGCUAUACACGAGCAUUCGAAUCGAUGCGGUGCACUACUGCGAAUUGGAAGAGAUUCUCACGGCCAAGAGGCGGCGAAAGUCACGGCACGGUGAUGAAGAUGUUCCUCAGGCGCGACUACGGCUUCUAGCAGACACACUGCGCAGCAACGACUGGCUGGCCGGUAUGGUCCAGUUUCUCAAAGUCCCAUACAUGACACGAGACACGGCCAGAACGGAGCUCACGCGCUGCAUAUCCGCCUGCCCUAGGUUGCGAUACGUCGAUCUACCCGAAGGCUUUUACAACGGUGACGCGAACAGCCACACGCUGCGGCAGGAGCUGCUGGCGCGUUGUCCGGACAUCAGAAAGAUGACAUACAACGAGGGUGCCGAGCAAUUCUUCCAAUUCUUAGCUCAGCGGCAUUGGCUGCACAUCGAGGUGCUGGAGCUGUCACGGUUGAAGGUCGAGCCGACAACUUUCCGUGCCGUUCUGGGCAGCCUGCCCAACAUCAAUGAGCUAAGGGUCAUCAGUAUGCCCAACUUCAGGGACGCCAUAUUCCAGGAGAGCCCCGCCGUGCGCUACUUUCCUCCGCUGAGAAAAUUGUACCUUGAGGGCUGUCACGGCGUCACAGGCGCCGGCCUUGUUCAGUAUCUUGACAGGUCGGAGACCCGAGAAGCGCUCACAGACCUCACUCUGAAAAAGACGGGUGUCGCCAUCCCUGAGCUGGCCCAGAUCCUGUGGGCGGGGACGCACCUGCGGAAUCUGACAAUCGUCGCCACAGUCAAGCACUCGCUGCCACUUGACCCCUUACCUCCGAUGCAGAGCAUCAGUCUGCAGGUGCUGCACUACGACAUCUCGCCCACAGACGAGUAUAUCAACUCGAAUCUUAUCAAGCCCUCGGAUUCGUACUACAACUACUUAACCUCGUCCCUGCUGUCGAACUCGUUACCCGCCCUACGCGAACUGUACGUACGCGAUCCAGGCUUACCCGAUGCGCUGCUCCUUGCUCCGCCGAUGCCUAGCUUUGCGGGAUCGCGCACGCAGCCUCGUGGCUUCUCUCAGCCUCUGGACAUCUACACCAAGGGCCUCGCGGACACGGAGUGGAGCUUCCAGCCCGUGCAACCAGAGGAGGGAUUUGACAACGUGUUUGGCUCCUCGCCCAAGGGCGGCCGGCCCAUCAGCACCUAUUCGAUCAAGGCUGGCAACCAAGGCUGGACGGGAGAGGCCCGUCGCUCCGUUGUCGUUGGCAACGGUGUCGGCGGCUUUCUCGCGGUACCUUCGGAGGACGUGCCCCGGCCAAGCACGUCUGGAUCAAACCAGGGCUGGGGCGUCCGCCCGAUCAGCUACGCGCGACCAGGGAGCAGCCACCGCCCGGGCAGCAGUCACGCUAUUGCGAACGCUCUUGCCAGUGAGCCUGCCACUCGGGGCAGUUUCUGGGGCGGCCGAGGCCACAGGAAGACUGACAGCACAGCUUCGAAGCACGACCUGUGGCGUUGAACAAGGUCGCUAUCUGCCUUGGGGUGCGACUCGAGUCCCUCCUUUGUUUCAAUCUUCUAUCAAUUUUAGUGGGCGUGGCACUGUAUUUUUUUUUUUUUUUUUCGCUGAGCCAGGAGCCAGCAAUGACGGGGAAGACAAGCGGCAUUCUCUAUACCUAGGGUGUCUCUGGGAAUGAUAACUGGAUACAGCGGGAGCGGACAGCUCUCAGAUGCAUCGAGAACGGGAUCGCACGACAAGCCAUGUCUGAGGAACGAAUGAGAGACGGUAUUUGGAACGCGAGAGCAUUGUAGGAUUUAGUUAGCUUCAUCGUAGAUACCCCCGCCCAAAACAUCGGUAAUCGUAAAGUUUACACACGAUCUUGUGGC